UGCUUGCGUGCUCCACUGACCACUGCUCCAUUCAGCUUCCGGCUGCUCUACGCCUCUGAGAAGCGAAGCUACCAGAGCUACUGCGAAUGGCGGAGCCGUGCGCGCCGGCGUCGAGGCCGAUCCUGUACUCGUACUGGCGCAGUUCCUGCUCCCACCGCGUCCGCAUCGCGCUCAAUCUCAAAGGUGUGGAUUACGAGUACAAGGCGGUGAACCUCCUCAAGGGCGAGCAGUCUGAUCCCGAGUUCAUGAAGAUUAACCCUAUGAAGUUCGUCCCUGCGUUGGUCGACGGCGAUGCAGUAAUCGGUGACUCUUACGCUAUAGCAUUGUAUUUGGAGGACAAGUACCCUGAGCCGCCUCUCCUGCCUAAAGACCUUAAAAUGAAGGCCUUGAAUAUCCAGAUAGCAAGCAUUGUGUGUUCUGGUAUUCAACCUCUUCACAAUCUCACCUUGCUGAGAUACAUUGAGCAAAAGGUUGGUACAGGGGAGAGCGUCCCGUGGGUCCAACAACAGAUUGAUAAAGGUUUCACAGCUGUUGAGAACAUGAUAAAAGGCUGUGCUGGGAAGUAUGCUACUGGAGAUGAAGUCCAGCUGGCAGACGUAUUCCUUGCACCCCAGAUUUUUGGUGCAGUAACUCGCUUUCAAAUUGAUAUGUCAAACUAUCCUACCCUCGCGAGGGUCCAUGAUGAGUAUAUGAGACACCCUGCAUUUCAAGCUGCUCUCCCUGAUAGGCAGCCAGACGCCCCUUCCUCUGCCUAGAAACUGCAACACAAACAUACGCUGGGAGUGAAUCAGUUCUCGUUACUAUGUGCCUAUGUUCUGCACCGCUGCUUCAAGCCCUGUAACAAUAAGCACUAAACUUCCUGCGCAAAGUGCAAGAUAGCUGCGCUGUAGUCUGUAUCGCAAUAAUGAGAUGACCUUGUGUGAUCGGUA